AUGGCAACAUCUGAAUUAGAUUUCAUAACUACACCUGCGUCUCGGGGGAACCUAUCACAAGCUGAACUUGAUACCAUCGCAAGAUGGAACGAACAAUCAGAACAUGAGAGUUCACUACCACCAACUGAUGGUGGGAAAGAUGCCUGGUUGAUGCUAGCAGCGGCUUUUGCAGUCGAAUUUAUGGUUUGGGGGUUUCCAUGGUCAUAUGGUAUUUUCCAGGAGUACUACAGCGCAUCCGAGCCAUUUGCCGGCUCUUCUGGUAUUCCAGCCAUUGGUACCUCAGCAAUGGGCAUACUGUAUAUGGUCGCCCCCCUCACAUUCGGCUCAAUGAUACGCUGGCCACAGUACAAGAGAGCAACCAUGCUUGGUGGAUUCUUCCUCAUGUCCAUCUCACUUGGGUUGAGUUCCCUGUGUAACACGGUACCACAACUCGUCGUGACCCAAGGCAUCCUCUACGGUAUCGGCGGGGCGGUGGGAUACAGCCCCGUUGUCACUUUUCUCGACGAAUGGUUCGUACAGAAAAAGGGCCUUGCGUUUGGCAUGAUGUGGGCUGGGACCGGCUUAGGAGGCGUCGUCAUUCCUCUACUACUGCAAUGGCUGCUAAAUCAGUACGGCUUUCGCACCGCUCUACGCGUCUGGGCAAUUGUGCUCUUCGUCACCACUCUUCCCCUGGCACUCUUCUUGAAACCUCGCCUCCCAGUCCCUGCUACUUCCCGCACAAGAGUUACCCUUACUUUCUUGUCGAACAAGUCCUUUUGGAUUCUUCAGCUGGGCAAUGUCUUGCAGGGUUUCGGCUUCUUUGUACCUUCCAUUUACCUACCGACGUACACCAAGGCCCUGGGCUUCAACCACACUAUAUCAUCCCUGCCGGUUAUUAUGAUCAACAUUGCCGCAGUUAUAGGGUCCGUGACUAUGGGAACUAUUGUAGAUCGCACACACGUCACGACGGCCAUCCUCAUCUCCACCGUCGGCACCGUGCUUUCCGUCUUCCUGGUCUGGGGUUUCAGCACCUCGCUGCCGCCACUACUCGUCUUCUGCUUCGUCUAUGGCCUGUUUGCAGGAAGCUUCACAAAUACAUGGCCGGGCAUCUUGAGAACGGUGCAGCGAAGCACGGGCCAGAUGGAAAGCUCAAUGGUCUUCUCCUUCUUGUGUCUAGGGCGAGGCGUCGGCAACGUUGCCAGCGGUCCUGUGAGUGAGGCGCUGAUGAAAUUGGGGAAUGUGGGUGGCUCCGGUCUGUACGCGACGCAGUAUGGCAGUCUAGUGAUUUGGACUGGGGUCAGUGCGGCGCUUGGGGGCGUGAGUAUUAUCGGGCGAAGAGUCGGAUGGCUAUGA